AUGAGAUUCCUAUUUAUUUAUUUCUUCCUGCUUUCCUUUUUUAAAAAUGUCAAGUGCGAUAACGAAUUGUCUGUCAAGGGUAGUUUGACAGUUGCCAAUUUAAAAAUAUCAUCUAAAAAUAAUCGAGAGAACGGCAUAUUAUUUGUAAAUGAAGAGAGUGAAUAUAAAAUAGGAUUAAAUGAAAGAAGUGAAUUAAUAAUAAGUAAAAAAAAUAAACCUCUUGUAACUAUUGAUGAACACGAAAAUUUGAAUUUUUUUAAUUUGGAUUUAUCUGUAAAGAUAUUGAAUAUACAAGGAAUAUUAAAAAUUAUGAAUGUUAAUCAAUUUCAAAUGUUUGUACAUGAAGAUUUUUCAAAUAGUUCAAAUACUAAAGGAUGGAGUGGAGAUCAAUUUUUUAAUUAUACUUCUUCAUGUGGUGGAAUUAAUUUAUUAGGUGGAUAUGGAAAAUUAUCAAAAGGAGAAAUAUUCAAAACCUUUGAAAAUAUUCCAAGCCAUUCACAAAUACGUAUAAAAUGUAAUUUCCAUUUUAUUGAUAACUGGAAUAAUCAAACAGCUUAUAUGAAAAUUGCUACAGAUGAAAAAGAAGAAAAAUAUUAUGUAUGGACUGAUACACACUCACAAAUAAAUAAACAAAAUUCUAUUAAUAUUUGUGGAAAUACUACAGGAGAAUCUAAAUUUUUUUCUAUAAUCGAUAUUAUUAUUCCACAUAAUUCAAAUAAAUUAAUGGUUUAUUUUGGAACAAAUAUAGAAAAAGAUGAACCAAAUUUAAUAUCCUGGGGAAUAUCCAAUUUUCAAAUAUACAUUAUAUAG